GGGCACUCCAAUCGAGACGGUCUGACAGCGUCGGCUUUAGGAGGUGCUCGUCGGCAAAAUGAUCAUGACAUCGCACGAAGCGCCGGUAGUACCGCAGGCGGUACUACGGGUUCUCCGUCUCAUCAACCUGCUUCACACGCUGGUGCCGCGGGUGGAACGCAGCCUUGUUCCGCACCUGCUCAACAGCAUUUUCACCAACAUUUUUCGCCACCAGUCGGAGCGCACCACCACCAGAAUAUGAACCCGUU